AUGGCUCCUUACCAUAUCAGGAGAUACCAGGACCAUGAUUGGGAGCCUGUGAGGGAAUUAUUCUCUGAGGGAAUGCUGGGGAGUAUGCCUUCUGAGUUCUGGUGUUUGCUGAAGAAGCCAAGAAUCUUCCUGGUCCUCCUGGGGAUGCCCUUUACCCUUGUCUUGUACUCUGGUUCCUUUGUCCUGUGUCUCCUGUCUUUAUUGGGCCUCUUAGCUGGCCAGUGGCUGAGUUAUAGACAUUUUAUAAUAAGGUAUGUAGAUAAAUCCUUGCAUACUGACCUGUUGGAUAUCCAGAAAUCUUACCUGAGUGAGAGAGGCUCCAGUUUCUGGGUGGCAGAGUCUGAGCACCAAGUUGUGGUCAUCGUCAGUGCCUGUCCACCAUUGAGGCCCAUUGGAGGAAGAAACUAUGUGGAAUUGCUCCACUUGCCUGUGAAGAGGACUUAUCGAGGCAAAGGGCUGGCCAGGACCUUGGUCCAGAUUCUGCUCCAGUUUGCCAGGGAUCAGGAGUAUGAUGGAGUGGUUCUUGAGACUACCAACUCCAAUCACCCAGCUCGACAACUUUAUGAGAGUCUUGAUUUCUGGAAAUACCGUGAAUCAGGGUAUGACUUGAAAUGGUGGCUAGGUUUCAUCUCAGUUUGGCAUUACUGA